AUGCACCCUGCUGCCAUCCUGAUACACGCUGCACUAGUAGCCAUCAUCCUAUUCUGCUCUCUGACCCUCGCCCAAAUCCCCACGCGUAUAAAUAUCAUUAUCAACGCAACACCAAGCGCCACACCUCCGGACAAACCCCUUCAUUGGGAGGUCGACUCCUUCCCCUCAUCCAUCGCACAGCUGAAAGAACCUCUUGAUCUCCCCACGCAUACAAAUGUCACUAUCAACGCAACAUCAAGCGCCUCACCUCCGGUCGAAAUCUUUCAUUGGGAGGUCGACUCUUUCCCUUCAUCCAUCGCACAGCUGAGAAAACCUCUUCAUCUGACCAGCUCACUUAUACCUGGCAAGAACCCUUUCGACAUUGUCGCCGAUCCCAUCCUAAAGAAAUCAAAAGGUCGGGUCCUCCGAUCGCUCUACCCAGCACACUCCUAUGCCUACUCAGGUGAUGAACAUGCUGCUUUCACGGCGGAGCCCCUUCCCAAGGAGGCCUUCUCAGGGCCCAAGAGCCGCUACAUCCGACUCGAGUACCAAAUGCUCUUCAAGCCCGGCUUUAACUGGGUCCUCGGUGGUAAGCUGCCCGGAAUCCUUCUCGGAAGCGAGCGAGGAUGCAAUGCCGGCUGCUCCGGAGGUGGCUCUGCCGAUAACUGCUUCUCGACCCGUAUGAUGUGGCGUCCUGAGGGUGAGGGCGAGCUCUAUCUCUAUGCUGCCAAAUCCGUUUACUUCCCGAAAGAAAAAGCAGAGACUUGUAAGCGAAGUCUGGACAAGAGGUCUCCCAAGGCCCUAUUCCUAUUGGAGCAGAGAGCCAUCAAUCCUUACCGAAUUCCCGAGGACGAGGACGAGUUCUCAAUCGAGAGCAGCUCUUCUGGAAUCGUUAAGCGUGCUAUGAGCGACGAUUGCUUGCAAGGCAUGGGCGUCAAGAUCAGCCCCGGAGCGCGUAACUUGUGUAACCCAGCCUUUGGAGUCUCGAUCGGUCGCGGUGGUUCCUUCAAGUUUAAGGCGGGCACCUGGCACAACAUCACUCAAAUCGUGCGGCUUAAUUCGAAGGGCAAGGCUAUCCGCGAUGGUUAUUUGGCUGUCUAUCUAGACAACAAGCCGGUGAUCCAGGCGGAAGGUCUGGUACUGCUCAAGAAUGGUUACGAACCCAAAAGCAAGACGCAGGAUAAUAUAGUCAAGUUCAAGUUCUCGUCCUUCUUUGGUGGUCACACCGCCAAGUACGCGACUCCAAACGCGCAGUGGAUCGCCUGGAAAGGCUUCAAGAUGGCUACCAGCGUGAACAACAUCUGGAAGUAG